CGAACCAAUAGCAAAUCCAAAAAUACAUUUUGAGAGAGAGAGAGAGAUGGAUAAGGGUGGGGAGCAGCAGGUGAGGAAAGCAGAUCUGGAGGGAGAUCAAGAGAAGAAAGAUAAGAGGCUGGAAGGGUUACCAUUGGAGAGCAGCCCCUACACGCAGUACAAGGACGUGGAGGAUUACAAGCGUCAGGGGUACGGCACCCAGGGCCACCAGGAGCCCAAGGGCGGGCGCGGCGGUGGAUCCACCGACGCGCCCACCCUCUCCGGCACCGCUGCCGCCGAGGCUCAGCUCUUCCCCACUGACGUUGCUACCGGCCGCCGCGCUUCUUAGUUAACUUCACCGCUGAUAUGCAUGUGUAAAGGUUAUUAAGUUUUAAGCUUUUGGAGUAACUUUUUCUGUGUGGGCCCUUGAGAUUUGUUUAUGGGGUUCCGCUUGUUGUAUGGUUUCCUAAUGUAUGAGUGGUUCACCACUUUUUAAUCUACUACUAGUUAAUAAUGACAUCUUGUUAAAGA